ACCUUUAAAAGCCACACUUUGUAAGCUGCAUUACUCUCUUUCUUUAUUACAUCCAAUUCUCUCUUCUAACUAACUAACUACCUCUGGAUAGUAAUUAGAUGAUACCAACAACUCCAAGUGGCAGCGUUGCGAUGGAAAAUGUUAAACAAAGCAACAUAUGUGAGAACGAGAGAAGUGCUCCAACGGUGAAGGCUAACACCAUUGAUGAGCUUCACUCUCUGCAAAGAAAGAAAGGUGUCACUCCCACUGGAUCUCAACUCGACUUAUUUACUCUAUCUGAUGAUCAACGUCAAAAACAACAACUCCAAUCUAUCAGUGCAUCUCUAGCAUCAUUGACAAGGGAAACUGGACCAAAGGUAGUGAAGGGAGAUCCAGCUACAAGGUUGGAAACACAAAGGGUUACUCAUGUGCCUCACCAACGUGUCACUCCCACCAUUGCUGUCAGUGAUAGUGCCCUUAAGUUUACUCAUCUUCUCUAUAACCUCUCCCCAGCAGAACUAUAUGAACAAGCAAUAAAGUAUGAGAAAGGAUCGUUUAUAAGUUCAAAUGGAGCAUUGGCAACACUUUCGGGGGCCAAGACUGGACGGUGUCCAAGAGAUAAGCGUGUGGUUAAAGAUGCUCUUACUGAGAAUGACCUUUGGUGGGGAAAGGGUUCCCCUAACAUCGAGAUGGACGAGCACAGUUUCAUGGUGAAUAGAGAAAGAGCAGUUGAUUACUUGAACUCUUUGGACAAGGUGUUCGUGAAUGAUCAAUUCUUGAACUGGGACCCAGAGAACAGAAUCAAAGUCAGGAUUGUCUCUGCCAGAGCUUAUCAUUCAUUGUUUAUGCACAACAUGUGCAUUCGACCAACUCCUAAAGAGCUUGAGAAUUUUGGAACACCAGAUUUCACUAUUUACAAUGCAGGACAGUUUCCAUGUAAUCGUUAUACUCAUUACAUGACAUCUUCAACAAGCAUUGAUCUUAAUCUUGCAAGGAAGGAAAUGGUUAUCCUUGGAACACAAUAUGCUGGUGAAAUGAAAAAGGGUCUUUUUAGUGUCAUGCAUUAUCUCAUGCCUAAGCGAAAAAUCCUCUCCUUACACUCUGGUUGCAAUAUGGGAAAAGAUGGGGACGUCGCUCUCUUCUUUGGACUCUCAGGAACUGGAAAAACCACUCUUUCAACGGAUCAUAAUAGGUAUUUGAUUGGAGAUGAUGAACACUGUUGGAGUGAGACUGGUGUUUCAAACAUUGAAGGUGGUUGCUAUGCAAAGUGCAUUGAUCUCUCUAGGGAGAGAGAACCUGAUAUAUGGAAUGCAAUCAAGUUUGGUACAGUCUUGGAGAAUGUUGUUUUUGAUGAGCAUUUUCGAGAAGUUGAUUAUGCAGACAAAUCAGUGACAGAAAAUACUCGUGCAGCUUAUCCAAUUGAGUACAUUCCAAAUGCGAAGUUACCAUGUGUUGGCCCUCAUCCAAAGAAUGUCAUACUUUUGGCAUGUGAUGCAUUUGGUGUGCUUCCACCUGUUAGUAAGCUAAGCUUGUCACAGACAAUGUAUCAUUUCAUCAGUGGAUAUACAGCUUUGGUGGCCGGAACAGAAGAGGGUAUAAAGGAGCCACAAGCAACAUUUUCAGCCUGUUUUGGUGCAGCAUUUAUAAUGCUACAUCCUACACAGUAUGCAGCCAUGCUUGCUGAAAAAAUGCAAAAUCACGGUGCUACUGGAUGGCUUGUUAACACUGGUUGGUCUGGUGGAAGCUAUGGUUGCGGAAAUCGCAUUAAACUAUCCUAUACAAGAAAAAUUAUUGAUGCUAUUCAUUCUGGAAGCCUCUUGAAUGCAGAGUACAAGAAGACUGAGAUAUUUGGAUUUGAAAUCCCUACUGAAGUAGAGGGAGUCCCCUCAGAAAUUCUGGACCCUGAGAACACGUGGUCCGACAAAAAAGCAUACAAGGAGACACUGUUGAAGCUGGCUGGAUUGUUCAAGAAGAAUUUUGAAACCUUCACUGACUAUCAGAUUGGUGAAGACAGCAAAUUGACAGAAGAUAUUCUUGCAGCUGGUCCAAUCUUUUGAUGCUUAGGAAACUGAUGCAUUCCUUUUCCAAUCUUCCUCUCUUCAUCAAAUUUCUGUUGAUUUUGCAAUUGUUGAUUCAUUGAAUUUGAAAGAAACUUAGAAGAAUGUUCAAGUCUUUUUGCUACUAUUGGAAAUGAAGUCUUGUCUGUUUCUUUUUGGUUUUGCAGAAAAGACCAAGGCUUGCUAUAAAAUAUGUUUGGGAGUAAUAUAUAUCUAUAUUUUCACUGUUAUUUAUUAA